AUGGCAGUCUCCGACGAGAGAGGCCUCCACGUGUUGCGGGGAGUUGGGCCAGGGGAGAGUCCAGUGCAGUGGAUCGAGUUACUUCAUGCCUUAGAUCAGCCAGGGUUCAGUAGCCAUUUGAGAUAUGGUGGACCUGUGUGUUGUGUUGUUGGUAGAGUAAGAAUGGUACGAAUUUUUUUGUGGAGAUACCGAGUGAGCUGCAAUAACAAGGCCGACGUAGCUUACAGCCAUGGUUCACGUCAGUUUUUACCAAACUAUGGGAAGACAGUUAAGAAGCCUCGCCGUCCAUAUGAGAAGGAGCGUUUGGAUGCAGAGCUGAAGCUUGUUGGUGAAUACGGGCUCCGAUGCAAGAGAGAACUCUGGAGGGUGCAGUAUGCAUUGAGUCGUAUUCGUAAUGCUGCUAGAAAUCUUCUCACCCUUGAUGAGAAAGACCCCCCGCCUCCAAACACUUGUGUUCAAGGCUGGUAUGGCCAAGUCAAUUCAUCAUGCCUGUGUGCUCAUCAGGCAGAGGCAUAUCAGGUUUCCAUGUGGAUGACUCAGAAGUCACGUUAA